GCUUCCUCGGGAAGCUGGAGCAGUCAUUUAGAAAGCAUCGCCUGCUUUGGUUUUUUGUUUUAUCAACGCUCCCAAGCUCUUGCUGCUUCUCCUACGACUCCUCUGCUCCCUGAUCGAUCGUCGCACGCUUUCCGUCUUAUGCCCGACGAACAAUUGAGAGAGAAACUGGAAAUUAUCUGUUGCUCUUUGUUAAUUGAGACUACAUCCAACGUCUCAGAUGGAAACACUCUUCCAUUAAUCAAGCAUUGACAGCUGCAAUCUUGUUCAAAAACUAAAGGUUCAAGUGCUCGAGUCAGUGUCACUUCUUUCAAGCCAGAUUCUUACCGAUAAAUUGAAUUCUACUUUUCUUUGAAGUCAAGAGGAAAAAUUUUGAUCAAAAAAGUUUAGUUAUAAUUCCAGGUCACCAGUCUCUUUUUGAAUACAUUCCAAUGGAUGACUUGAUUGGUUCCUACAUACAAUCUUCAAACUGGUCAGAUAGAAAUUCCUCUUCAAGGGUACUACGGAAUGGUUCAGGCAUAUCUCUGACAGAUGGCUUGCUCGCUAAUUCUGUGGAAGCAUACAAAGAAGUAAAUUACCCAUCUAUGGGCAUUACAUCAUCAAAUCAUAUAGUAAAAAAUAUGGCAAAUGAAGACUUGAACGUCCAAGGGCAUGCUGGGACACCUAAUAUCUUUGUAGAUGGAAAUAUGAAGUAUGAGAUUCUCGAAGAUCUAUAUCCAAGUGAAAGGUUACCAAACCAGAAUUUAGGCCAUCAAUUCUCAAACUCAAUCUCAGUGAACAAUGGCACACAAGUUAGAAGUUUAUCACAAGAGAAGUUCGCUGUUGAUACUGCAGCAUUUCAAUCGACAUUGCCUCAUAGUGCACUGGCCAUAUCUAGCUCGAUUGAGAGCAACAGUAGUGAAUUAUCUAUAUUUCCAGAUACUCUUGGAGAUGGCCAUUCAAUUACUUCAGUACCAACAAUUUGGUCUUCUAUGUACUCAAGUGUUUCUGCAUUCAUGGAACAGGAAAACAUGCCUUUUAGCUAUCAAGGAAAUAAUAAUGAUGAUGAGAUGUUGAGAAAAAUGAGCUUUGAUAAUGGGAGUCUUCUUCUUGGCAGAUUGUCUGAUGCAUCCUUACCAAUUAAAGAUCAAAAUGACCUACAUGACCUUUCUUCUUUCUCCCUUGGACAGCAGGUAAAUAUGAUUGCUGGGGCCUUGCAACUACAAAAGAAACAAGAUGGACUGCAUUCUUCUUUUCCUCCUGAGCCAUACAUGAUGGCUUUAAAUAAAACAGCUGGAAUCUCAAGCACAGAGCAGACACUGCCAUCUGAAGGACGCACAACCAGCCAUCAGAUGAACUGUUCUUCUACUCAAUCUCAAGCUAUUCCAACUAAUGGAAGUGGCUGUAAUGGGGUUACAAAGCCACGCGUGAGAGCUCGACGUGGGCAGGCAACUGAUCCUCAUAGUAUUGCAGAGCGACUUCGCAGAGAAAAAAUUGCAGAGAGAAUGAAAAAUCUACAAGAACUUGUUCCUGAUUCAAAUAAGAAUGACAAGGCAUCAAUGUUGGACGACAUUAUUGACUAUGUCAAAUUCUUGCAACUCCAAGUCAAGGUUCUAAGCAUGAGCCGGUUGGGUGCAACAGGAGCAGUUGUUCCCCUUCUAACAGAUACCCAAACUGAGGGCUCCGGCAAUCUUCUAUUAUCAUCCUCAGGGCAGGGUGGUUCAGACAUCUCAGAAUCAGAUGACAGCUUAGCCUUCGAGCAGGAGGUCAUGAAGCUCAUGGAAACUAAUGUCACCAAUGCUAUGCAGUUCCUUCAGAGCAAAGGACUCUGCCUCAUGCCAAUAGGUCUCGCCACUGCCAUCUCGCCCAACAAAGGCUCCUCCACUGCCGUAGCACCUGACGCUGGAAAACUGACAAUGAGACCCAGUUCCAAAUUCGGUGGAUGCGAUGGAACCUCAGUUAAAGAAGCUCAUCAACUGGAUAACAAAGCAACAUUAUCAGAUUGCAAGCCACAUUAGCUGACUGAUACGCUCGUCAUCCAAAGAGAUUUCAGUUUGAGGGUUAUAGUGUUCUUAGCCACAGCAAUGUAUUGGAUUUUUAUUUGAAUAUGCACACCAGGCUUGUAAAGUCCAGCAGCAUUGCAUGCAUUUUUAGACUGGAGUGUGCAAUUAAGAUCAUGAACUUGCAAAAAAUAGUGAAAACUCUGUCAGCUAAACCUGCACUCAA